AGUUGAAUUUCAAUAAUUGAACUUCAAUUGAAGAGAAGCGAAUUUCUGAUUGAAAGAUAAGUGUGACUUUUAGAGUGUUGGUCUAAAUUCUGCUCCAAAUUCAACCUUGUGUUUUCUUAUCUCUGCUUGUGGUUUUUUUUUUAAUUUGAUUUGUUUUAAUUAAAGAAUUAAAUUUGGUUUUUUUUCGUUCAUUCUCUGUUUGACAUUCGCACGUGGAAAUAGUUGUUACCUUUGCUAUUUAAUUAUGGGAGCACCGAUUAAUGUCAAUGGUUCUCAUGGAAAUGUUGAGGUGAAACUUGGUCAACCUCCAUCGGCCAUGAGGUCAACUGGUGGUGUUGGAUGUCUAGUUAAUCAUGGCAAUGGACCAGCAAUUCAAAGUGGUUAUUUAAUGUCUCAGGAAAGUGCUGGGUGUGGUGGUGGUGGUGGUGGUGGGGAGAAGAUGAAUCCUGGCAAUAUGAUGCCUAUGAAUGCUAUUCAAGAACUUUCACCAGGACAGCCAUUUCCGUUAUCAGUUGGACGAGAAGGUUCAAUUAUACCCAAAGCUGAAGUUGGAGAGAAAUGGGUUUAUUCAUCGGAGCAAAUGCUCUGGGACACGAUGACACGAAAAGGUUGGAAAUGGCAAAGUGACCAAGAGAAAGAAAAAAAUCAAAACCCAAUCACGAUUCAUAAUCGAGAAUGUAAAUCUCGGAAAAAUGAUUUUUCCAAAAAACUGGCUGAUCAACGUUGGCGUCAGUCCAUGAACGCAAAUAUUGAAUCUCUGCGAAGAGUUCUAUCUAAAGACUUCGUGUUUCGUGAUGGAACCAUAAUCAAAAGGCGAGAAUGCCGAAGUAGAAACGAUCUGCUCGCCAAAGUUUCCGAUCUCAUUAGUGAUCUAGAAAAGGCAUUAAAUACCCAGUGUUCUGGAUCAUCUCCUGCUCUAAGUCCCAACGAUAACUUGAAUGCAAUUAAGAACAAAUUUAAAAUUCACCAAAGAGAAAAGGAAAAAAAUGAAACACCGUCGGCAAAGAGCCGAAAAAACUCAGAGAACUUUCUUCCGGUUAAAUGUAAACAAUAAUCAAUCACCAUCUCAAGAAUACUGAUUUAACCAAAAAGAGUUUUUCCUUUAUAAUUACAUUUUGUGAUACAUGUAUAAUUUAACUUACAUUUUUUUUAUAUUAUUUACAUUUUCAUCUUUAUUGUUUAAAACAAAACAAAACUUCAAAUCACAUUCAGUGACUAAACCAGAAUUCUGGUUGUAUUUUCUUUUCUUUUUCAAUUUAAAUAAUAAACUAUUAAUUUUUCUAUCAUUUGUA